AUGGGUUACAGGCGUCUGCGCCACCACGGCUGGCACCGGUUCAGGAGCAAAUAUACCAGAGUGUUCCACAGCACUGAGCCAAGAGCCGGCGCGAUGGCCUCUGAGCUGGAGCGCGCCAUGGAGGGGCUGAUCGCCGUCUUCCACAACUACUCGGGCAAGGAGGGCGACAAGCGCAAGCUGAGCAAGAAGGAGCUGAAGGAGCUGCUGCAGACGGAGAUGGGCUGCUUCCUGGAGACCCAGAAGGACGCGGGCACCGUGGAUGGCAUCAUGCAGGACCUGGAUGAGAACGGUGACGGGGAGGUGGAUUUCAAGGAGUACGUGGUGCUGGUGGCCGCUCUCACUGUGGCCUGCAACACCUUCUUCUGGGAAGACACCUGA